AUGUCACGGUUUGCACUCAGCUCGCAGUGUAGAGUCUUAGCUCGGAGUUUGCAGACAUCAGCAGUACAACGCGAUAUUGAUAGUGCAGCCAAGUAUGUUGGAGCAGGAGCUGCCACUGUAGGUGUUGCAGGAUCUGGUGCAGGCAUUGGCAAUGUUUUCGGAUCACUCGUCAUCGGUUAUGCUCGAAAUCCAUCAGCAAAAAAUCAACUUUUCUCAUAUGCUAUCCUUGGUUUUGCUCUUUCAGAGGCGAUGGGCCUUUUUUGUCUUUGUAUGGGUUUUUGUAUUUUAUUCGCAUUUUAA